ACAAAACAUAAAGCAAAGAGAAAGCGUAACACCUACACCCACACCCACACCUCACUUCAGUCCACGCCAGAAUAAUACUCUCUCUCUCUCUCCCUCUCUCUCUAAUUCGGUGGAAGCAGCUAGGGUUUCUCUUACUUGCAUCUCGAUUUAGCAGCAUCAGCAUCCAAUAAUCUUGCUCGAAAUUUAUGGAGGGAUCCCCUGGGAUUGAAGAUAGCAGCAAGUCUGAGGCGCAUUUGACUUCAGCUGCUGCUUUUGUGGAGGGUGGAAUUCAGGAUGCUUGUGACGAUGCUUGCAGCAUCUGUCUUGAAGCCUUCUGUGACAGUGAUCCUUCCACCGUGACAAGUUGCAAGCAUGAGUUUCAUUUUCAGUGCAUUCUGGAAUGGUGUCAGAGAAGCUCCCAGUGUCCCAUGUGUUGGCAACCCAUCAGUCUCAAAGAUCCAUCCAGCCAGGAACUUCUUGAGGCUGUGGAAAGAGAGAGGAACUUUAGGUUAAAUCCACCUAGAAAUGCCACAAUAUUUCAUCAUCCAACUCUGGGGGAUUUUGAGUUACAACAUUUGCCAGUUGGAGCAAAUGAUGCUGAUCUUGAGGAGCAUAUAAUCCAACACUUGGCUGCUGCUGCUGCAAUGGGCCGAGCACGUCACAUUGCAAGAAGGGAAGGCCAGAGAAACAGGUCAUCAGCUCAAGGUCGCCCUCAUUUUUUGGUAUGGUCGACCCAUCCCAAUUCUCCUCCUGUCGCUCCUGCUUCUUCUUCUCCUACUCACAGCCAGAGGGGGGAUGGUGAACAAACACCUGCAGUUGCUUUUGCCACUCUUUCUCCAGCUCCUGCAACUGGAGAAGAAUCACCACAGCUUACUUCAGUUCCUCCUGUUCUAGCUGAACAGGUUUCUGCUUCAGGAUCUGGGUCUGCUGUACACACCACUGAUCAUCAGGGAUCAUCUAACAAUAGGAGAUCUCCUAGCCAGUCUUCUCCAAGUAGUCAGGAUAGAGCGGGGCCAUCGGAAUUACAGUCCUUUUCAGAAUCCCUGAAAUCUAAAUUAAAUGCUGUGUCGUCAAGAUACAAGGAGUCAAUUUCCAAGAGCACAAAAGGGUGGAAGGAGAGAUGGUUCUCUCGUAAUACUUCUAUGUCUGAUAUUGGAUCUGAAGUCAGACGAGAAGUUAAUGCUGGGAUUGCAACCAUGUCACGAAUGAUGGAACGCCUGGAAACUAGAGACAGUAACAGAAGUAAUAGCAAUACCAAUAGCAAUACUGCACCAAGUAAUUUGGAGCAUGGUUCAGGUCAGGGAUCAAGUGAUCAGCUUUUAACAGAAACUGAAGGGAGUCAACUGAGAGACACCAACACAAAAACAUCUUGUGCUGCAGGUUCUAGUUCUAGUUAAGCAUAUAGAAGAAAUUGCAUCAACUCAGAUUUGUUUUGUCCAAAAGGUAAAAUCUUUAAUUUCAUUGGAGGUUAUGAAAUUGCAUGGAUGUGGUGCGUUGCCUAUUAAGCAAAGCGGCCUGCACAAGAUAACCAACGAAUUGUGUUAUUGGACAAAAAUAAGAACAAAACAAAGGCAGCAGUGGUCUCUUUUGUCUAAAACUUAGGAACCUAUAUAUAUGAUGUAUAUUCACCUUGUAAACUUAAUAUUUACAAAUAUCUCAGAUAACCUUUCCAUAAAUAUCUGUGUUUCUUAAAA